UUGAAUCAUCGAGAGCGUGGAAUUGCAUAUGUAGUAGUAUUGUUUGUUUACAGGCAUUCUAUAUUUGAAUUUUCUAUUUUCUUGUACUAUCAGCAUACAAAGAGGUUGUUAUAUAUAUAUCGAAGAACUAAAAACAAUAAUAAUGUCAGUGUGAAAUUGUCAAUAUUAUUUACGUUGUGCGUAUAUUUUUAACUCUGAUUUGAUUGUAUUCUCAAUUAAUUAUUGUGUCCGCCCGUACGACUACGAAUAAUUUUUAUAUUUAAAAAAAAUAUGGCUGUAAGUAAUUUUGGUCCUAUUGAGAGUCAAAGUAAGCAAAUAAUUUUCAACUGUUAUAAAUAUUUUGAACUUGAACUGACGAAAAAUUUAAACUUGCCUUACACCGCUGCCCAGUUAGUUGAAAAAGCUACAGGUGUUUGUCUCUCUACUGUUUAUAACAUUGUGACUGAGAGCAACAGCGAGAAAUUCGCAACGACAAAGAAAUUCACCUCCCCGAAGAAUAAAAAGUUGCGUCCUUGUCCGUCAUCAGCAGUAGACGAUUUUGAUCAGGAAGUCAUCCGGAGAACUAUAUACAAUUUUCAUCUGUCCCAUAAGCAAUUUCCAACCUUAAAGGGACUCCACUCUGUGUUAAAAUCCGAUAUAGAUUACAAAUUUGGCAUUUCCACCUUACGAAAACAAAUACAAAAAUUAGGAUUUAAAUGGAAAAAGACCGAGGACAACCGAAAAAUAUUAAUGGAAAAACACAACAUACGACUGCUAAGAAUAAAUUACCUUACCAAAAUUGCGGAAUAUCGAUCUCAAGAUAGACCACUAGUUUAUACUGAUGAAACCUACAUCCACACUUCACAUGUGUCCGGAGAAGCUUGGACCGAUGGAACAGAAUUUGGUGUAAAAAAACAAAUCAGUACAGGCCAGCGGUUAAUAAUAGUGCACGCAGGAGGAAAAGAUGGUUUUAUUCCCAACGCUUUGUUAAUGUUUAAGGCAAACCAAAAAACGGGAGAUUACCAUGACCAGAUGAACUUUGUCAACUACGAAAAAUGGUUAAAAGAAAAAUUAAUACCGAACCUCAAACCGAAUAGCGUACUUAUCGUGGAUAAUGCGUCCUAUCACAACAAACUUUUGAAUCGUGCUCCAACGUCAAAUUCUAAUAAACAAGAAAUGAUGGAUUGGUUGACAGAACACAACAUUUCGUAUAACCGGUUGAUGUACAAAACCAGUUUGUAUGAAUUAAUUAAACAAAAUAAAGAGCGGUUUCGCGAGUACCACAUAGAUGCAAUUUUAAAAGAACAUGGCCACUCCGUAUUACGAUUGCCACCGUAUCACCCGACAUUCAAUCCGAUCGAAAAUAUUUGGUCCAUGGUAAAAGGAUAUGUAGCAAAAAGAAACGUUUCAUUAAACAUGCAAGGCAUUAUGAGUUUAGCAACUGAACGAAUGAAUACCAUCACUGCUGAGGACUGGGAAAAUAUUUGUCACCACGUCGAAAGUGAAGAAAAUAAAUAUCGAUGUCAGGAAGGAGAAAUGGAUCAAAUAACAGACAAUUUUAUUAUCAAUACUUGUGACAGCUCAGAUGACGAACAUGACAGCGAAUAAAAGAAAAAAAACAGAGGACUACUACUUAUUCCACUUCUUGGGUAUGUCAUUUUAUUAAGUUAAGAGAAAAUUAUUCUCCUUUUGUUGCAAACGGUACAACCACUACA